CGAUCGGAACGAAAAGACACCGACGGAACGACGGACAGACGGUGUUGUCUCGCCUUUCGCCCGUUUUGUGUGUGUGCUUUUCCACCACCGCUGAAAUAAUCGACUACUCUUCGUGCUGGAAAAGCCAGAAAACUUUCCUUUUUACCGGAAAUAGUAGUGCUUGAAUUUGAUCUUUAGGUGCAAGAUUCAGUGGUCCUCAGGAUAGUGUGCUCGGUGUGCGAAUAUAGUGUGUAAUUCGUGACUGAAAGUGAAGCUCCCGGAAGUGUGAACUCGGUUAGAAAGCUUCUGCUCUGAUUGGUGGUUGGUAACUCAAGCCGGACAAUCGACGGGUACAAUAAUUUCGAGGAUCUUUGCUCUGUAGAGUAGGCAACACCAGGUGCCACGCCACGUACAUUGAGGAGAACCUGUUGUGGAGAUACAGAACGCGCAUAGAGAAGCAAUUCUCAACCCAAAGUUACCCUUCAAAAUGGAUGCUCUGCCGGAUUCAGCCCAAAUUAGUAAAAAUCGUCCGCUGAUUGUGAUCCGUAGCUAGCUGCUUUGUGCUGCGACCAAAGGAACGCAGAUCCUUUCUAGGUGUGCUUAGACAACGAGGGAGUGUAGUGCCAGUUAACAAUUAUUAGUUUGUGUCCUCCAAUAACCAGUAGAGAAAUUGCAUGUGCGUCGGAUCCUUCCGGUGAACCAACAGAGAAUAUAGAAAUUUCGGUGGUUACUAACUGUCCAUGCCCCGAGCAUAGCUGUGUAGUUUAUUGUGUUUUAAGGUGAUUGACCUUUCUGCAGGGUCAACAAAAACUCACAACUCACGGUCCAGUCCACCGACGUAUUGAUUACGCGAACAGUGAUUGUCAUAUAGCUACAGUAGGGUUAAUCAGGAGGAGCUAAAUCAUUCGGCAAGCAGCGGCAGAGGUCAUUUUACUGAGACAAGAUGGUCAAGGAAAAACCGAACUCAACUCGAAUCUACGAUAAGGAUGGAUACCGACGACGAGCGGCCUGCAUUUGUGUGCGGUCUGAAGCGGAAGCAGAGGUACUACUAGUAACAUCUUCACGACGUCCGGAACUAUGGAUAGUUCCAGGCGGAGGGGUCGAACCAGACGAGGAGUCCUGCGUGACGGCAACUCGCGAAGUCUUAGAGGAAGCAGGUGUAAAAGGUCAGCUUGGUAGAUGCUUAGGAAUUUUUGAAAAUAGUGAACACAUGCAUCGAACCGAGGUGUUCGUUAUGGUUGUCACCGAGGAGCAGGAUGAAUGGGAAGAUUCGAAAACCAUCGGUCGUAAACGACAGUGGUUCUUGAUCGAAGAAGCUCUCACGCAGCUGGCACUGCAUAAGCCAACCCAGCGUCACUAUCUGCAGCAGUUGCGCAAUUCGAAAAACAGUUCAUCUCCGUCGGAAAAUUGCAUACAUAUUGUAACGGACGACCCAGAAGAUGAGCUAGAAGGAGAACCUACUAGUACGACAGCAAAAACCAACGAAAACAGGACGACAUCACCACCACCAUCAGCUGCAGCGGUAUCAGAAGAGGCGCCAGAAGAUGAUCCACCAGUCGCCGACACUGAGGAGAUAUUGGAAACGACCUUCUAAACCGUCUACUUCAAAACUCUUUCAAAUUAUUUGGUUGGAUUAGUUGUUUUAGUUGUUUCUCUGAGACAAUGAAACGCUGGCAUGUGGGCAAACAUUUUAAUAUUUUGUUUCUCCUUAGUGUUGCCUUCAUUUCUGCGCUCCCUAUUCUAAGUGUUAGAACUCAAUCUCCAUCGUCAUCGGUACCUAUCUACCCAUCAUCCAGCAAGCAUAAUAUUUGUUGGUCCACACAAAUUGUACAUUGAACUGCACGAUCUAUCACUCACUGAACGCUUUUGGAAACUUUUUUGAGUAAUUAUUCACUCGAUAGAAAUCUUACCGUCAAUACUGAGAAGUUUUUUUUUUUUAUUCGAUGCUGAAAACGUCUGACCAGAGUUAUGCUUCUUAACGAUACAAGCUUGUGUCCUUAGUUUGGCGAAGGUAUAACAAAUUUUGAACCCUGUUUUACUUGUAUGAACACGAACAUAUGCUAUUCUGGGGCAAAUAUUCAAACGAAUUAUGUUGUCGAUUAAGAGGUGAAAGCAAAUAAUAAACUAAUACUGAUAAAGAAGAACAACGUAGACAAAAGUGAAGAAAUUUUAAGAAAUAAUCAAUUUAUACAACAAAUAUUUAAAGAAAAAUACUAAAACCAAUACUGAUAACAAAAAAUCUCCCUAAUCCUAUCAAGGAAAUAGUAACUGCAAUGAAAUGCAUAACAUCCUAAGCAGCAAGACUAAACUUCUACCAAAACUUGCGAAUAUUGUAGAUCGAUUAGGUAAAUUCAGCAAGAAAAAUAAAUAAAGCAGCUUAUCAAGUCUGAAAGGAAAGCAGCCCCCAACUCUUACGACUAAUUUAACGAACAAUUUUCUAGUAAGUGAAGUUUCUUCGACCAUAUGUAACGAACGAACGAAUGAAAUCUGACUCCCCCGGCCUUCUCUCUAUGCGCCCCUUGAUGGGUGCUUUUUUCUACUACUAUCAUGAGAUUGACGCAAAAGCAAGCAAGAGUGCUUUUACUUUGUUUUCUUGUUGAAAAAAGCGAAUCAAUAGUCUUAUGGGGGAAAAGUGAAUGUUCGAAUCGAUAAGCUAACAGCAGAGGAAAUGAAGACCUUUUUGGGAUAAUCGGAAGUAGGUGGUAACAACGUGAUGGCUUGACAGGUGAGCGUGCAUUCGAAGCGAGACAAACUACAAGUUGUGCGGGGACAAAAAAAAACUACACCGGAAGUGAUGAACAUUAGGAUUUCUAAAUUAUACUUUGAAUACUUAUACGGAUAAACCAUUAUGAUAAUUUAUUAAUAUUACAGCUGUAUGAUGUAAUUAAUGUCAGGAGAAAACAAGAGAGAAAGAGAAAUUGUCUUUAAGCAAACAAAAAUGCAUCAAAUGUAUUUGAAUUUAUUAAGAAAAUA